UUGGAAACAACUCUAGUGACACACGACCGCCAGUAGAGGGCACCAGAUGAGCUCUGCUUGGUUUGUGAGUCUCCUGGGCUGCUUUUGAACUGAAUUUUAGACGAGGCUGUUUAGUGUAAACGUGAGGCGGGGGCAAUUACAGAGCAGACGAAGGAGGGGGAACACGCAUUCUUUGGCCAGAGGGAGUGGAAUGGAGAGGGAGGAGGCACUUGCAAACAGUGCUCCCUCCCUCCUUCCAGUUUUAAGUCAUCCCGGCGCGUGAGGGCACUCGGUCUGAGGUGGUCUUGAGGAGCAUGAAUGGAGCUUGGAAAGGCACACGACUGGACUUGGUGACGGAGUUUUGUGGCCGUUCAGACAUUGUACCAAAGGCAGAAGUUUGGCCGAUGAGCACCAUGUCAGGCAAUUUGCGUCCGUCCCGCAGCCGCUGAAUCAUGGGAAAUGCGGAGAGCCAGCACGGCGAGCAUGCCUUCUUCGCUACGGAACGUGGCUAUUUGUCGCGCAAGCAAAUGUCGCGCUCGCUGCGCAUCUCCAACAAGUCGCGGCGCUGCCGGCGCGCCUCCUCGGGCAAGAUGGAGCACAGGAACUCGGAGGCCAGCACGCGCUCCAGCAGCACCCCCAGCAUCCCGCAGUCCCUGGCCGAAAACGGCCCGGAGCCCUUCGACGAGAGCGCCGUCCUGCCGGACUUUGGAAGCCCCAUCUGGGUGGACCGGGUGGCCAUGAACCUGAGGCCCAUGUCCUUCCACCACGCCCCGGCCAGUCCCGGCGCCACCGCGCUCAUCACGCUUCCCGGACCCACGGCGGACGAGAUGCAGGACGAGGACGUGUACGCGGCGGGCGAGGUGACGUACCUCCAGGACGCCCGGGACAGCUCCAAGGAGGCCGGCGGCGGCGGCUUCAACAAGAAGCGAUCCAAGUCGGCCGACACGUGGCGGGACGACAGCCUGGACUUCUCCCUGUCGGACCUCAGCCAAGACCACCUGACCAGCACGGAGGAGAUGAUCACCCCUUGCGCCGAGCACGACGGCCCGCUGCGCUCCGGCCCCGCCGACUGCGUGGAGCGGGCCAACUCCUUUGACGAACUCUACGGCCACGCCGGCCGCUACGUCAAGUGGCACGACGGCCAGCGGCUCGGCGCCGAGGGCCGAGACGAUAAGAUGAUCGCCGAGGAGGACGGCAACACGUACAGCGCCUUCACUCUGCCGUGUCGGCGCUCGCACUGCCUCUCCGAAGGCCCGCCGGGACUCCGGACCACCUUGAGUGUGCAGGGCAGGAGGGCGCAGACCAUCCAGGACGUCACCGCCGGCGAGGGCAGCGAGUACGACGACAGCGGCAUCGACGGGGUGACGGCCGAGGCCGGGUCCCGCCGCUACAAGACCAUGUCGGCCUCCUUCUCCGUCGACUCGGCGGCGGGCGGCGACGCGUUUGCCGGCGGCACUGGCGGCGGGACCGCCGACUCCGCCCAGGGCAUCUACGAGAACUUCCGGCAAGAGCUGGAGAUGAGCUCGUGCCAGACGGAGAGUUUGGAGGAGGUGCUGAGCGACGAGCAGAGCACCAUGAGCUCCGCCUACCAGUCGGACGCGCUGCUGGGCGCGCAGGGGACGGUGCGCAAGGCGGGGAGGCUCGCCGUCAAGAACUUCCUGGUGCACAAGAAAAGCAAGAAGGUGGAGUCGGCCGCCAGACGCAAGUGGAAGAGCUACUGGGUGUCCCUCAAAGGCUGCACGCUGUUCUUCUACGAGACGGACGGGCGCUCGGGAAUCGACAACGGCAGCAUCCCCAAGUACGCCAUCUGGGCCGACAACAGCAUCGUGCAGGCCGUACCCGAGCACCCCAAAAAAGAUUUUGUCUUCUGCCUCAGCAACUCGCUGGGAGAUGCCUUCUUGUUCCAGACGUGCAGCCAGACGGAGCUGGAGAACUGGAUCACGGCCAUCCACUCGGCGUGCGCCACCGCCGUGGCCAGACAGCACCGGCGCGAGGACACGGUGCGCCUGCUGCGCGCCGAAAUCAAGAAGCUGGAGCAGAAGAUCGACAUGGACGAGAAGAUGAAGAAGAUGGGCGACAUGCAGCUGUCCUCCGUCACCGACGCCAAGAAACGCAAGACCAUCCUGGAUCAGAUCUUCUUGUGGGAGCAGAACCUGGAGCAGUUCCACAUGGACCUGUUCCGCUUCCGCUGCUACCUGGCCAGCCUGCAAGGCGGCGAGCUGCCCAACCCCAAGCGCCUGCUGGCCUUCGCCUCGCGCCCCACCAAGCUGGCCAUGGGCCGCCUGGGCAUCUUCUCCGUCUCGUCCUUCCACGCGCUGGUGGCGGCUCGCACGGAGAGCGGCGUGAGGCGGCGAGCGCACGCCAUGUCGCGCUCGUGCGGCGGCAAGCGCAAGAGCCGCUUCUCGUCCCUCUGGGGUUUGGACACCACCUCCAAGAAGAAGACCAGAGCUCACCACCCCAGCAUCAACCAGGUAUUUGCGGACGGCGAAGAGCUGGCGAAAAGGACCGCGGAUGGACUUUAUGCCGAGUCGGCGGCGAAGGAGCGCCAGCCGAGCGAGGAGGCACCCGGCAGUAGCGUUCCCGGGCCCGGCGCCGAGAGCGACAUCUGGGUGCCCGAGCACCUCACCCCGUCCUGGGUGUGUUUGCCCAACGACCAGCCGGUGCUGAGCAUCAUCCAGCCCGGAGAGUCGGCGCUGUGCGUGCUGGAAACCAUCUGCAAGGCCCACCAGCUGGACCCCACCAAGCACUACCUUCGGCUCAAGUUCCUCAUGGACAACCGAGUGCAGUACUACGUCCCCAAACCGGAGGAGGACGUGUGCGACCUGCUUUACAGAGAAGUCGAGCUGUGCUCCAAGAUCACAAAAGUGGUCCAGUUUGACCGAGACGAGUCGUGCAUGAUUGGUUACGGUUUUUCCAUCUCGGUGGUUGAGGAGGACCGAGUGCAGCAGCUUUACAUCACCGACGUGAAGGCGGGCGGGCUGGCCUUCGCCAAAGGUCUGAACGCGGGUGAUGAGAUCCUGGAGCUGAACGGGAAGGAGGCCCACAGCCUGGACUUCUCCGACAUGAAGGCGGCCUUCUCGCUCUCGUCGCUGGCGUUGACCGUCAGCGCGCUGCCGCCGCUGGGACGCGGCCAGCUCUGCUUCCUGCCGCCGCGACGCUCUGACGCCGACCCCUACACAGACAUCUUUUCCCAGAGCCAAGAGGAGAUCCUGGACGACAGCGCCGGGCUGCUGCUGGAAAGUUCGGGAGACAGCUUGGAUGACGACGCCGAGUGCUUUGGCCACUUGGACGAGUGCGGCGAGAAUACGGAGCAGGUGUCGGCCUUCUGCCGCAGCCUCCAUGACAUGAAUCCUUCGGAAUGCUCGUCCUCGCCCAGCCCGGACUCGCCAUUCCCGCCGGCGCUCCGGCAGCUCUCGGACGCCGACAAGCUGCGCAAGGUCAUCGGCGAGCUAGUGGAGACGGAGCGCGCCUACGUCAAGGACCUGAACUGCCUCAUUGGGAGAUAUUUAAACCCGUUGCAGAAAGAGACCUUUCUUACUCAAGAUGAGCUGGAUGUUCUCUUUGGAAAUCUUCCGGAAAUGGUGGAGUUCCAGGUGGAAUUCCUCAAGACUCUGGAAGACGGCACCCGUCUGGUUCCCGAUCUGGACAAGUUGGAGAGAGUGGAGCAGUUUAAAAAAGUCCUUUUCUCCCUGGGAGGCUCCUUCCUCUACUACGCCGACCGCUUCAAGAUCUACAGCGCCUUCUGCGCCGGCCACACCAAAGUCCCCAAGGUCCUCGUUAAGGCCAAAAGCGACUCAGACUUCAAGGCCUUCCUGGACCAGCGCAACCCCAAGCAGCAGCAUUCGUCCACGUUGGAGUCGUAUCUGAUCAAGCCCAUCCAGAGGGUCCUCAAGUACCCUCUGCUGCUCAGGGAGCUCUACUCGCUCACGGACCCGGACAGCGAGGAGCACUACCACUUGGAUGUCGCCAUGAAGGCCAUGAACAAAGUGGCCAGCCACAUUAACGAGAUGCAGAAGAUCCACGAGGAGUUUGGCGCCGUCUUUGACCAGCUCAUCACCGAGCAGAGCGGCGACAAGAAGGAGGUUCCCGACUUGUCCAUGGGCGAUUUGCUGCUCCACACCGGCGUGUCCUGGAUCAACCCACCCGCUUCCUUAGGAAAGUGGAAGAAAGAGCCCCAAAUGGCCGCUUUUGUGUUCAAGACGGCCGUUGUCUUUGUGUGCAAGGAUGGAUCCAAGCAGAAAAAGAAAAUGGGCGGCUCCCACCGCGCGUCUUUGUCUUCCGAAGAAAAAGACCCCUUCCGAUAUCGUCACAUGAUUCCGACGGACGCUCUUCAAGUGAGACCCUUGGCUAACGCGGACGGCGAGGGCACGUCCGUGUGCGAGAUCGUCCACACCAAGUCGGAGUCGGAAGGCCGGCCGGAGAGGGCCUUCCAGCUGUGUUGUAGCUCCCCGCAGAGCAAGAAGGACUUCCUGAAGACGGUGCACUCCAUCCUGCGAGAGAAGCACCGGCGGCAGCUGCUGAAGACGGAGAGCCUGCCGCUCAGCCAGCAGUACGUGCCCUUCGGAGGGAAGCGGCUGUGCGCGCUGAAAGGCGCCAGGCCCGUCAUCAACCGAGCAGCAUCUGCGCCAAGCAGAACCCUCGGUCGGCGAAAGCUCGUGCGCAACCGCUUCACCAUCGACACCGACAUCGUCUCCGACGCCGAGCCCGAACGGGACCCGGCCUCGCCCCGGGAUGACGAGUCGGAGCGCGGCCGGCUUCUGUCGUCGGAAUCCAGCGACACCGACCGCUGGGUGGAAGAACAGUUUGAUCUCAAGGAGUACGAAGACCCCGAGGAGGUGAAGGAGACUGACAUUCUGAGCGACGAGGACGACGGGGGCCGCCUGGACGCCUCGGUGGCCGAGUUGUCCCUGCGAGGCGCCGGAGACGCCUCGGCCGCCGUGGAAGACGGCGGCGCCGACCGGGCUAAGGUUUGGGUGCUGCGCGGGCAUUCGGCGAGCUCGCCCGACUGAAAACUCCACCGGCUUUGAACGGUUGUUAGACAGACGCAAACUAAUCCUAGUACAAUCAUGGAAUCUUAAUGGCGUGCUUUGAUGACUGGCAGUGUUUGCACAUGAGAGAGGGAGGGAGGGAGGGAGGGAGGGCCAGCGGCCGGCCCAGCCUGCUCUUGCCAAAUGACACAGGAAGCAGUUGGGUGAAAUUCCAGGAUGAGCCCAAGACAAUGCAGAGCCUAGAUUUGGGAAUUUGCACAACUUGCUCUUCUCCAGGAGCUGAACUCAAAUGGCCACUUCCACAUUUCUUUCUGUGACUCUUCCAGUCUCUCUGCCAUUCUCACAACAUCAGGAACCACCUGGUGUCAUUCAGCUCUUCAAUGGCAAAACAGCAAGUUGUGGGAAAAUGAAUACAAUUGUUU